GCCACGUACUGGCAGGCGUUUCAGAGUGAAAGAGGCUGCGGAUGAGCAGACCCGGGGGGAACUCCAGGGCAUAGACAGGGGGCUCCAGCCCGGGGCAGAGAGUCCGGCACGAAGCAGGUUCCGGGCCACGGUUUGGGAGGUGGGCUGCGGAGGAAGAAGUUGGCAGGUCUCAUGGCUCCUGGAGGACGCGCACUCGGGAUGCUGGUCCCCGCCCUCCUCCUGCUCUUCUGCUUCAGAGGGCGCGCAGGCUCUCCGCCCCACUUCCUGCAACAACCGGAGGACCUGGUGGUGCUCAUGGGUAGCGAAGCGCGGUUGCCCUGUGCUCUGGGCGCAUACAGGGGGCUUGUUCAGUGGACCAAGGAUGGGCUGGCUCUGGGGGGCGAAAGGGACCUGCCAGGGUGGUCCCGGUACUGGAUAUCAGGGAAUGUGGCCAGCGGCCAGCAUGAUCUCCACAUUAGGCCCGUGGAGCUGGAGGAUGAAGCAUCGUAUGAGUGUCAGGCAACACAAGCAGGCCUCCGAUCACGACCAGCCCAACUGCACGUGCUGGUGCCCCCAGAAGCCCCCCAAGUGCUGGGCGGCCCCUCUGUGUCUCUGGUUGCUGGAGUUCCUGCGAACCUGACCUGUCGGAGCCGAGGGGAUGCCCGCCCCACCCCUGAGCUGCUGUGGUUCCGAGAUGGGGUCCGGCUAGAUGGGACCACCUUCCACCAGACCUUGCUGAAGGGAAGGACCUCUGGGUCCGUGGAGAGCACCUUAUUCCUGACUCCUUCCAGCCAGGACGAUGGAGCCACUUUGGUCUGCCGGGCCUGGAGCCAGGCCCUGCCUACAGGGAGGGACACAGCUGUCACACUGAGCCUGCAGUACCCCCCAGUGGUCACUCUCUCCGCUGAGCCACAGACUGUGCAGGAGGGAGAGAAGGUCACGUUCCUGUGCCAGGCCACAGCCCAGCCUCCUGUCACCGGCUACAGGUGGGCAAAAGGGGGCUCCCCAGUGCUCGGGGCCCGCGGGCCGAGGCUGGAGAUCGCGGCAGAUGCCUCGUUUCUCACCGAGCCCGUGUCCUGCGAGGUCAGCAACGCCGUGGGCAGCGCCAACCGCAGCACCGCUCUGGACGUGCUGUUCGGGCCGGUUCUGGAGGCAAAGCCAGAGCCCAUGUCCGUGGACGUUGGGGAAGACGCCUCCUUCAGCUGUGCCUGGCGCGGGAACCCGCUCCCACGGGUGACCUGGACCCGCCGCGGGGGCGCGCAGGUGCUGGCCUUCGGCCCCACGCUGCGUCUCCCGUCGGUGGGGCCCGAGGACGCCGGCGACUACGUGUGCAGAGCCGAGCCGGGGCUCCCGGGGCGAGGGGACGGCGCGGCCGAGGCCAGGCUGACAGUGAACGCUCCUCCCGUAGUGACUGCCCUGCACUCUGCGCCCGCCUUUCUGAGGGGCCCCGCCCGCCUGCAGUGUCUAGUUUUCGCCUCCCCUGCUCCGGAGACCGUGGUCUGGUCUUGGGAUGACGGCUUCCUGGAGGCAGGGGCCCGGGGCCGGUUCCUGGUGGAGACUUUCCCAGCCGCAGAGGGUCCAGGCUUGAUCUCUGUGCUGCACAUUUCUGGGACCGAGGAGUCUGACUUCAGCAAAGGCUUCAACUGCAGUGCCCGGAACCGGCUGGGCGAGGGAGGCACCCGGGUCAGCCUGGGCCGCAGAGACCUGUUGCCCACUGUGCGGAUCGUGGCUGGAGUGGCCUCUGCGGCCGUGACUCUCCUUAUGGUCAUCACCGGAGUGGCCCUUUGCUGCUGGCGCCAUGCCUCUUUCUCCAAGCAAAAGCAUCUGGUUCAAGUCCCCGGCAGCAGCGACAGCUCCAGUUCCAGGUGCCCUGAGGAGGAGACAGGCAGCAGCGAGGACCCGGGCCCCAUUAUGCACGCUGACCACAGUGGCCUGACUCUGGAUGAGGAAGGGGCUCUGGAGAGCAAGGACCCAACCAACGGUUACUACAAGGUCCGAGGGGUCAGCGUGAGCCUGAGCCUUGGUGAUGCCCCUGGAGGAGGCCUCUUCCUGCCCCCCACCUCCCCUCUGGGGCCCCCGGGGACCCCUACCUUCUAUGACUUCAACCCACAUCUGGAUACGAUGCCUCCCUGCAGACUGUACAGAGCCCGGGCAGGGUAUCUCACCACACCCCACCCUCGGGCCUUCACCAGCUACAUCAAGCCCACAUCCUUCGGGUCCCCAGAUUUGGCCUCUGGGACUCCCCACUUCCCAUACGCAGCCUUCCCCACCCCCAGCCAUCCUCGACUUCAGACUCACGUGUGACAUCUCUCCAGCUAAGGAGUGCCGGAAUCUUCCUGCCAUCAUAGGCCGCCCUGAUUUCUGAAGAACCAGAACAUGCUGGCUACUUUCCCCUCCCAACAUUGGGCACUGGGGGAGGAGGUCAUCACAGUCAUCAGGAUCGCUGUUGUACACUCAACUCAGCCACAAAGGGAUGCCCGGCUGGGGGCAGGAUGGCCACUGUGCCCACCUAUUUCUUAGUGUAAAUGAAAUUCAGGAUGGCGGCCAGGACCUCUGAAGAGGGGUGGGAGGAUGGGGAUUAGGGGCAGGCUGGGAGUUGCC